AUGACAGACGAUAUGCAAUAUGCUUACAUGCGCCGGGUAGCAUACAAUCUCAAACUGCCCAAGCUAAAGGUGGUGAGGAGAGCACGGACGGAGGGCGAGAUGGCGGGUGCAAAGAGCAAGUUCGACAUCGCAAAAUUGGCACGUGAGCGUGUUGAGAAAGCCCGUAUGGAAAUGAAGGUGGAAGAUAUCGAUCCGGUGUCGCCAACUCCAGUUGCAGUGCCGACGGUUGCAGAAUCACGUCAAUACCGCACUCCAAAACCGGGCCAAAACCAUGGACAAAAUCAAAACCAAAAUCAAAUUCAGGAUACCAAUCAGAAUGAGGAUCGAAAUUUUGAAAAGAAUCCGGUGAUGUCAUUAAAGGUCUCCUUCCCAAUCCCCACCGUCAAAGAUACCAGUUCGGCUGCAAAAUCGCCUUUACCGUUGGCCCUACAGGCGCCAAGGCGGCGAGGGCGGCCUACAGACAAAGAAAGGGAGGAACGAAGAAGACUGGAGCUGGAAUAUCAAGUGCAAAAACCCAAAAGGGAAAAGCUGAUGGAGCGAAAAAGAGCGGAGGAAAUAAAGCAAAUCCCUGAUCUACUGACCGAUAUGGAUUUCGUCAGCACUAGCCUUGGAAGGAGUCUUAGUGAGAUGAAGAACUACAGAAUCACUGAAUCUAAAGCCGGGUUAUAUGUGAACAGACUGCGAACCAAAAGAGGUGCUGAGGAAGUGGAUCGGUUCACGGUUCUUGCCGACGAGCCAGUUAGAUCAGAUCAGGCUUGGUUGGCUAAUGCUGCUACAGUCAGUGAUCAUCUCGCUGCAUAUCGAACUGUGUGGAAGCUCCUUGACGCUAAGCAGAAGGGGGAGAAAUUCUCAAGAGUUACGAGUUCAAGCGAUGAAGAUCCAAAUAAAAAGGCUCGCUUACGAUGA